CGCUGACCGCGGCCGGGACGGCGGCUCGGAAGAGCUUGGGUGGCCGCCUCGGGGCGCUCCUUCCUCCGGGCCAGGGGGCAGCGCGCUGGCCUCCAGGGGCCGGGACCUGAGCGGCAGGCGGCGGGGCGGCGGAAGGCUGUCCGGGUACUGGCCAUGCCCUGAAGGAAAACCCGUGGGUGGUCGUUGACAGCCGGCGUGAGGGGACCCAGCCUUCCCGGGAGAGUGGGGCAGUUGCGGCUGGGACCUCCUACCUGGGCUGCCGGUCAAAGAGCAGGAAGCAGCGAUGUCUGCCGUGGGUCCUGCAGCUCCACACCUGCAUCGCCCUGGUGACAGUCACAGUGGCUGCAUGAGUUUCCUGGGCGCCCAGCUGCCUCCAGAGGUGGCAGCAAUGCCCCAGCUCCUGAGGGACCUGGACAGGGGCACGUUCAGAAAGUUGCUGAAGCUGGUGGUCAGCAGCCUGCAGGGAGAAGAUUGCCGUGAGGCUGUGCGGCGCCUCGGGGCCGGCGCAGACCUGCCUGAGGAGCGGCUGGGUGCCCUGAUCGCUGGCACACACACCCUGCUCCAGCAGGCCCUCCGGCUGCCCCCGGCCAGCCUGAAACCCGAUGCCUUCAAGAACCAGCUCCAGGAGCUCUGCAUUCCCCAAGACCUGGUCGUGGACUUGGCCAGUGUGGUGUUUGGGAGCCAGCGGCCUCUCCUUGACUCUGUGGCCAGGCAGCAGGGGGCCUGGCUGCCCCAUGUUGCCGACUUUCGGUGGAGGGUGGACGUGGCCAUCUCCACCAGCGCCCUGGCCCGCUCCCUGCAGCCAAGUGUCCUGAUGCAGCUGAAGCUCUCGGAUGGGUCGGCCCUCCGCUUCGAGGUUCCCACGGCCAAGUUCCAGGAGCUGCGGUUCGGUGUGGCCAUGGUCCUGAAGGAGAUGGCCGACCUGGAGAAGAGGUGCGAGCGCAAACUGCAGGGCUGAGCCUUGCUCACCGGUCCCCUUCUAGUCACUGGGGAUAGCUGGCUCAGACAGGUGUCUCCAGAGCAAAGGCCGCCCUUCCCGUUUGAGUAUAAUCGUGUAUUUCUCUAAGUGAAGAGGACAGUUGUGUCUUUCCCUUUUUUUGGAAGUAAAGCAGCUACACAAAA